AUGGCCUCUUCAAUUUACGAUGGAACCAUUCUCACGGCCAAAGGCGCCUUGGAGGCCUUGGCGAACAUUCUCCACAUAGGCGAGAAGCAACCCAAUGCCAACGCUUUACUCGCCGCCCGACUGGCCGACGACAUGAAGCCCUUGACCUUCCAAGUCUACACCGUCACCAGAUUUUCAGAGAUGAUGGUAGCACGACUGACCGGUCGCGAGAAAAUCAACUAUGAGGACAAUUUCUCUUCGUUCGCCGAAAUGUAUCAACGCAUCGACCAGGUGUUGAAAGCCCUCAACGACGCCGACAAGGAUGAAGUCAAUAAGCGUGGCGACCAAUCUGAGAUGACUUUUUUGCCUUCAUUGGAAACCGAAAUGACCGGCGCCGCAAUGGCGUAUGGCAUUUGCAUCCCGAACGUCCUCUUCCAUGUUAACAUGGCCUAUGCCAUCAUGCGAAAGGAGGGGGUGCCACUAGGAAAAAGGGACUAUAUCAUGCCUUUCUUGACCAAACAUGUCACUAUCUAA